AUGUUUAUGUGGUGGUCUGCUGUUUUACUUCUUGGAUGCAUUUUGCUGGGAGCAGAUGGGUGGCCAGUCAAGGAAGGAUAUGACUUCAGGCCCUAUCAACCCCUAUUAAGAUUACGGCACAAGCAGGAAAAGAAUCAUGAAAGCUCAAGGAAUAAAGGGUAUUUUGGUCACGAUGGCCAUUUUGGAUCAUGUGAAAACAAGUACUGUGGUCUGGGCAGGCACUGUGUUGUGAAUGGGAAGACUGGCCAAGCCGAGUGUCUGUGCAUGGAGUACUGCAAGCCACAUUACAAACCUGUGUGUGGGUCUGAUGGAGAAUUCUAUGAAAACCACUGUGAAGUGCACAGAGCUGCCUGUCUGAAAAAGCAAAAGAUCACCAUUGUACACAAUGAAGAUUGUUUCUUUAAAGGGGAUAAAUGCAAACCUACUGAAUACACUGAAGUGAAAAAUAUGUUACUGGAUCUACAAAACCAGAGAUACAUUGCACAAUCAAGAGAUAGAUCUCUUGGUGAGAAAAUGGCAUUGAAGAAACUUCUUAUAGAUCAAAUGUUCAAUUAUUUUGAUUCAGACAACAAUGGACUUGUGGAUACUAAUGAAUUAUCUCAGGUAAUAAAACGGGAUGAGCUUGGCAAGGAACCGUCUGACUGCUCCGUGUUUGAUUUGCUGAAAUACGAUGAUUAUAACAGUGAUAAGCACCUAGAUCUAGAAGAAUUCUACAGAGCUUUUCAUGUAGUUCAGCUGAAUCUGCCUGAAGAUCAGAAAAUAAGCACCACUGCAGCAACAGUGGGACAGAGCGCUGUCCUAAGCUGUGCCAUCCAGGGAACCCUGAGACCUCCCAUCAUCUGGAAGAGGAACAAUGUCAUUCUGAACAGCUUAGAUUUAGAAGAUAUCAGUGAUUUUGGAGAUGAUGGGUCCUUGUACAUCACUAAGGUUACCACAACUCAUAUGGGAAAUUACACCUGCUAUGCUGAUGGGUACGAUAAGCUCUAUCAAACUCAUAUUCUCCAAGUGACUGUUCCACCAGUUAUCCGAGUCUAUCCAGAGAGCCAGGCAAGGGAGCCAGGUGUGACAGCUAGCCUUCGGUGCCACGCUGAAGGUAUUCCCAACCCACAACUUGGUUGGCUGAAGAAUGGAAUUGAUAUCACUCCAAAGCUGUCCAAACAGUUAACUCUUCAAGCAAAUGGCAGUGAGGUUCACAUUAGCAAUGUGCGCUAUGAAGAUACAGGAGCAUACACUUGCAUUGCAAAGAAUGAAGCAGGGGUGGAUGAGGAUAUUUCUUCUCUCUUUGUGGAAGAUUCUGCUCGAAAGACUCUUGCAAACAUAUUGUGGCGAGAGCAAGGUCUGGGAAUUGGGAACAUGUUUUAUGUUUUUUAUGAAGAUGGCAUCAAAGUAAUACAACCAGUGGAAUGUGAAUUUCAGAGGCAUAUUAAGCCUAGUGAAAAACUCCUCGGUUUUCAGGAUGAAGUUUGUCCCAAAGCAGAUGGUGAUCCUGUUCAGCGGUGUGUUUGGGCAACUGCUGUUAAUGUAAAAGACAAGUUCAUAUAUGUGACUCAGCCCACACUUGACAGAGUUCUCAUUGUUGAUGUACAGUCUCAGAAAGUAGUACAGGCAGUGAGUACAGAUCCUGUUCCAGUGAAACUACACUAUGAUAAAUCACAUGAUCAAGUCUGGGUGCUGAGCUGGGGAAACAUGGAAAAGAAUUCACCAACUUUACAGGUGAUAACACAAGCCAGUGGGAGCGUUUCUCAUCACACAAUCCACACUCAGCCUGUGGGGAGGCAGUUUGACAGAGUGGAUGACUUCUUCAUUCCAGCUACAACCCUUCUCAUUAGCCACGUGCGGUUUGGAUAUAUUCUUCAUAAGGAUGAUCCCAUGCUCCAGAAAAUUGAUCUAGAAACGAUGUCGUACAUCAAGACAGUUAGUUUAAAGGAUUAUAAUUGCAUUCCUGAGUCACUGGCUUAUACACAUCUUGGAGGAUAUCUUUUUAUCUGCUGUAAGCCUGACACCACUGGGGCUGUCCUGCCGCAGCUCAUAGUGGAUAGCGUUACUGAUUCCGUGGUUGGAUACAACGGUGACGUCACGGGCACACCACAUGUCUCUCCAGAUGGACACUACCUUCUCAGCAUUGAUGAUGCAAAAGGCCUCCUGAGGAUCCAGUCCAUAACAGUGAGAGGAGAAAUACAGGAUGCAUUUGACAUUCACACUAAUUUGCACAUAUCUGAUGUAGCUUUUCAGCCAUCCUUCACUGAAGCUCAUCAAUACAAUGUCUACUGCAGCUCCAGCACACAGACUGAUGUUCUCUUCAUGGAGCUCUCUUCUGGCAAGGUGAAGAUGGUGAAGAGUCUGAAGGAACCCAUGAAGGCAGGCGAAUGGCCUUGGAACAGUAAGAACCGUCUUAUAAAAGACAGUGGCCUUUUUGGUCAGUAUCUCAUGACCCCUUCCAAGGAAUCUCUGUUUAUCCUGGAUGGACGGCUCAAUAAGUUAAAUUGUGAAAUCACUGAAGUUGAGAGAGGCAACACAGUAGUUUGGGUUGGAGAAGCAUAAGAAUCUGUGUUAGAUAUUUACUGAGUUAAUAGUUUUACCGUACAUUGCACUUAAAUUACACCAUUCUUCGAAUU